AUGGCUAAUUCCGUUUUGCAGAAUCCCAAGGUAUAUUUACUCGAAACCGAUUUCUUCACCCAGUUUAAUCUGAAAGCUGACGAGGUCUUGGACAAGGGCAUGUGCGGUGAGAUCGUUCUGGCCAUACCUCAGGCAAAACCAGAUCUCAGGAGAAUCGUGAAGAAAUUCUCCCUUCUGGAUGAGGAACAUAAAGUCAGAAAUAUGCGAGCAUUCCAGGCCGAAGUGCAGUUCAUGCAAUCUCUUUGUCACCCUUAUUUAACAAAGUGUCUGAUUGCAGGACGAUGCCAGGAUUACCAAGCUAUAUGUAUGUAUUACUAUUCUCGUGGAACUCUAGAUUCCCAGGUGGGAACUCUGAGUAUGGACUUGUCCGAGCUGUGUAUUAGCCAAGUGGGGUGUGCACUACGAUAUUUACACCGACACAAUAUUGCACAUCUUGACGUGAAACUGGACAACAUUUUUCUGGAUGAGGACUUUAAUGCCAUUCUUGGAGAUUUCGGAGUAGCCAUAGAACUGCACCCUGGUCAAAAGACAGUGCCAAAAUCGUACUGUGGGGGAACUCCUUGUUACCAUGGACCAGAAAGAAGAGGAGCAGCAGACGACAAGGAACUGGAUCCCUACAGGCUGGACUCCUUCGCUCUUGGAGUCUGCAUGUGGGCCCUAAUGAUGGGAAGACAACCUGGUCUCAAAAUCGACUACUUCUACGAAGCCAGGAAAAAUCAGGACCUUCCUUCAUAUAUCAGAGAGCUAUUGUUGAAGCUGCUGGACCGAAGCCCUGGCAAGAGAGUAACAAUCCCCGGAUUUUUGCUCAGGCUGAGGAAGAAAAGUAUUCACAGACAAGUUAUUAACAGUCAUUAA